UUAGAGGUGUGAACCUGCAUGGGAGACCUUCCAAAAACGUGUUUGACAGGAUUGUAAAAAGCACUGUAAGUAAACCUCUAUAUCCAAAAUCUCCCUUGAAGGUUCAUUCUUUUAUGCAGAAAUCUGUGAAUAAAACUCACCAUAACAUUGUUCUUAUCUGUCAUUAUUGUGGGGUAACUGGUCACAUAAGACCCAAAUGUUGUAAAAUACAACAUGAUGUUUGUAUAGGUAAUGUUAGGGGUUGGAAUCAGUCUGGCAUUCCAGUGAAGGUUCAUGCCGGAACCCAACCAAAUAACCGCGUCAAAACUCAUCAAGUGUGGGUUGCUAAGAAAUCCUUCAACUGUUUUACCUUUGUUCUGUCUCUCAGGACUUUCUUGAAAGGUAAAUGGUAUCUGGACAGCGGCUGCUCUAGACACAUGACUGGUGAACCUUCUUACUUGAUGAACAUUCAGCCCGGUUCAAAUAGGGAAGUCACUUUCGGUGACGGUGUGAGCAAUAAGGUUAUUGGAACUGGAUGUUUAAAUUUGGGUGGAAUACCUAAACUGUCUGAUGU